UUAAAAAAUAAUAAUAACGCAUUCAUAAAACAAAAAGGAAAUUUUAAUUAACAAUAUGUGCUAGCAUGAGAAGAAAACGAGUAACUAGGAAUAUUUAUAAUGUAUGCUCAUCAUCAAUAUUAAAAAAGAAAGAAAAUCAUAUACAAAAGAAUUAUUGCACAGACAAUAAUGCAAACCCAUUGACUUUUUCACAUUAAGAAAAUAUGAAAUACAAAAAGUAUGGUGAAUUCGUGUAUAUUGCAAGCAAAAGCAACUUAUAUAGACACCAUAUUCAUAGCACUUUCCAAACUCAAUUUUAUAAUCCAUAAAACAACUUAUUAAUGUUAACAACUCCUCAUCACUUCUUCUCCAUCAUCCCCCUAAGUUGUUGAAAAUCAACUUUUCCGACCAUUAGUUCUCUCCUCCACCUUCAACCACGUUUUUUGCCUUUCUUUUUCCUAUAAUCUUUCCAACUUCGAAAUUGGAUCACAACCUUCAUCACAAGUUUUCUCUUAUUCCAUUCCAACCUUAACAACAACUACAUCAUCCAACUUUGAUCCAAUCUUUUCAUAUGUUCAUUAAUAUCUUAAUCCCACAAUUAAAUACCUCAUCUUUCUAGCUAAAUCUACAAACCUGGGUCCCUUCUUUCUUUCCAUACCUUAGAAACAAAUUUAUAAAAACCAUCCAAUUAUGUAACUGUACUCUUUCAACCUUAAAACUCUCGAAACAAAAAAAAAAAAACAAAAAAAAAUAUAUCUAUUCUUCUUGCAUUUAGAAAAUUAUGUAGUGUUGCUAAAAAUAUUCACUAUUUACAUCCAACUAUCAUAUUAUUCUAUUUUUUUUAAAGAAAAAAAAAAAAAGAAUGCCUGAAUCGGAGUCAGGGACACCGACGGCAGCGUCGGUGCCGGCGACACCGGAUACUCCGGGAGGGCCAUUAUUCUCAUCUAUAAGAAUUGAUUCACUUGAUCAACGUGAGUCAUUUGCAAUGGGGAGGUGCAACAUGUGUAUGCCGGGUGGUAAAAGCAAUAGUUGCAUCGCUAAUUUCUCUGCUGGAGUUCGAGUUCCAAGUGUCUCUCUCACUCAGAAGAUUGGAGCAGAGUUUGUAGGAACGUUCAUAUUAAUAUAUGCAGCAACAGCAGGACCAAUAGUGAACAACAAAUACAAUGGAGUAGAAACUCUUAUGGGAAAUGCAGCUUGUGCUGGACUGACAGUCAUGUUCAUUAUUCUCUCAAUUGGUCAUAUCUCAGGUGCUCAUCUCAAUCCAUCACUCACCAUUGCCUUCGCGGCAUUUCGCCAUUUUCCCUGGGCACAUGUUCCAGCCUACAUUGCAGCACAAGUCUCUGCUUCGAUCUGUGCUUGUUAUGCGCUCAAAGGCGUUUACCAUCCUUUCCUCUCUGGUGGUGUCACUGUCCCUACUGUUAGCGUUGGACAAGCUUUUGCAACUGAGUUUAUCAUCACUUUUAUUCUCUUGUUUGUUGUUACUGCUGUUGCUACUGAUUCCCGUGCGGUUGGUGAAUUGGCUGGUAUUGCUGUUGGUGCUACAGUUUUGCUCAACAUUCUUAUCUCAGGGCCAACAAGUGGUGGUUCCAUGAAUCCAGUGCGCACCUUAGGUCCAGCCGUUGCAGCAGGAAAUUACAAGCAUCUCUGGAUAUAUUUGGUGGCGCCAACGCUUGGUGCUCUAGCUGGUUCUGGAGUUUAUACGCUUAUCAAGCUACGUGACAACGGAGCUGAACCACCUCAACCAGUUAGGAGCUUCCGUCGCUAGAACUGGCUGCAACCCUGCUCUCGACACCCCCACUUCUCAUAUUUCAAGAUCUUUGUGUGAUAGUAUAGAGCCUAAUUAAAUAAAAUGUGGGGACUCGUUGUAAUCGAGUGUGUGUGAACUUAUGUGUGUUUUGUUUGUGUGUUAUAUCAUGUGUCAUUAAAGCUUUGUUUGGUUGAUGUGGAUUUUCUAAGGGCUGAUUAUAGCCAUGGUUUGUAUUAUGAUUGGUGCAACUUAAACUUAUAAUUUAAUAAUGUGUUCUGUUGUGUGGAA